AUGGGAUCGGCUGUGACCCCCCCACAGGUGCUCCCCCCACCAGCGCCGCCCUCCCCCGCCGUCCUCCUCCCCGACAGGGGGCGCGCUCUCGCGCACCUCUCGCCGCUCUCCCUGACGUCACUUCCGCCACCUCCCCUCCGCCCUCACUUCCGCCGCCGCCGAGCCCGGGAAAACCGCGCGCGUUCGGGCCGGUCCCGCUUCCGCUUCCGGGGGCGCUUCCGCUUCCGGCGGCGGCAGCGGCUCCUCAGGACGGGCCCGGGGCCGUUCCUGGGACCCGGGGCCUUCGCUCGGCCCUUCCUCCGGCCCGGGGCUGUCCCUGGGGCUCGGGGCCGUUCCUCGGUCCCCCGCGGGCUCGGAGCCUUCGCUCAGCUCCCCCCGCGGGCCCGGGGCCGUUCCUGGGCCCCGGGGCCGUCCCGCAGCCCUCCGUCGCUGUGUCCGGUCCGCCGCCGCAUGAGGAUGGAGCGGGCCCGGGACGCGGCGCGGCCCGAGCGCGGCCCCGCCUUCGGGCCCUUCCCGAGGGACCCCUCGGACAGGAAGUUUUUGCCCCCCAAGAGCUUCUCCUGCCCCUCUGGAAGUGCCUCCUGUGCCCUCGGCUUCGCCCCCCCAGAGCUGCCGGUGCCGGAGCCGUUCCCGGGGCGGGAUUCGCGGCCCUUCGGCUGCGCUGCCAACGGGCAGUGGCGGAGCCCGGGGCCCACGGGGGGCUCGGGGCUGCAGAAACCCCGGCUCAGCAGGGGCUCCUACCUGGAAUCCAGGAAAAACCCCAGCAGCACCUCCAACAGUUUUGGGGGGAAGUCCAACCACCACUGCCACGGCUCAGCCUUCCCCCUCAAGGCCGCCCCCAGCCCCUCGUGCCGCCGCGGCCUCCUGAGCCCCAAGAAGACCCCCCGGCGCUUCAUCAGCACGGCAGAGGAGACGGUGCGGGAGGAGGAGCGGGAGAUCUACAGGCAGCUGCUCCAGAUGGUCACCGGGAAGCAAUUCUGCACCUCCAAACCCUCCUCGCUCUUCCCCUUCCACCUGUCCAGGUGUUCCAAUUCCAGCCAGGCCCUUCUGAAGGAGACGCCCGGCGAGGACUCGAAGCCCUUUGAAGCCCCCCGAGCUGCCCCAGCCCCUUCCCACCCCCCCAGCAGCCCCCCACUCCGGGGACAUUCCCUGCCCAAGCCCCUCUCCUGCUUUUCCCCCACUUACCCCUCUUCCAGCAUCUUCCAGGCCGGGAAUUCCAGGGCCCAGCAGCGGGAUGAGCCUCCCCCAGCAUCCACCACGCAGCCCGAAGGCUCCGACUCCGUCAUUUUGCUCAAGGUGAAGGAUCCCAGAACUCCAGCCCCGAGCCCCCCCUUCUUCCAGGCAGAGCUGUGGAUCAAAGAGCUGACCAGCGUCUACGACUCCCGAGCUCGGGAGAGGUUGAGGCAAAUUGAGGAGAAAAAAGCUUUGGCUUUGCAGCUGCAGAACCAGAGGCUGCAGGAGCGGGAGCAGGCGGUGCCGGAGCGGGUGGAUCUGAACCUGCGGGUGCCUCUGGAGAAGGAGAUCCCGGUGACGGUGGGGCCGGAGGAGAAGGAGGAGGAUUCCAAGGGCCCCGAGGGAGAGGAGGAAUUCCCAGAGAUCACCGAGGAGAUGGAGAAGGAGAUCAAGAGCGUGUUCCGGGGCGGGAACCAGGACGAGGUGCUGAGCGAGGCUUUCCGGCUGACCAUCACCCGCAAGGACAUCCAGACCCUCAACAACCUCAACUGGCUCAACGACGAGAUCAUCAACUUCUACAUGAACCUGCUGAUGGAGCGCAGCAAGGAGAAGGGGCUGCCGGCCGUGCACGCCUUCAACACCUUCUUCUUCACCAAGCUCCGGAGCGCCGGCUACCAGGCCGUCAAGAGGUGGACCAAGAAGGUGGACAUCUUCUCCGUGGACCUGCUGCUCGUGCCCAUCCACCUGGGCGUGCACUGGUGCCUGGCUGUCGUGGACUUCAGGAAGAAAACCAUCACCUACUACGACUCCAUGGGGGGCAUCAACAGCGAGGCCUGCAGGGUCCUGCUGCAGUACCUGAAGCAGGAAAGCCUGGACAAGAAGAGGAAGGAGUUUGACACCAAUGGCUGGGCCCUGCUGAGCAAGAAGAGCCAGGAGAUCCCCCAGCAGAUGAACGGCAGCGACUGCGGGAUGUUCGCCUGCAAAUACGCCGACUGCAUCACCAAAGACAAACCCAUCAACUUCACCCAGCAACACAUGCCCUACUUCAGGAAGAGGAUGGCCUGGGAGAUCCUGCACAGGAAGCUCUUAUGAUGCCAGUGGGAAGAACCGAGGGAUGGGAUCCCAAGUGCCCGGAUUUGCCCUGGAGAAGCAGCUCCGGCCCCUUCCCGGGGGGGCUCCAGGACGACCCAGGGGAACCAAACCCCGGCUCCUGUCCCUGCUCCCAGGGCACAGGAAUGUUUGGAAGCACACUUGGGGGUUUUUUUGGGAGUUGUUUAAUUUUUUUCCUUUUUUUGGGGGGUUUUUUUGGGUUUUUUUGGUACAACUUUUCGGGUCCUGGGACUCGGGGGCAGCUCGGAGCAUCCACGGGGGGGGGUUUUGGUAUUUUUUUCCUGCUUGGAGGCUGGAAUUUUGGGAAGGGGAAGGUGCUCCUGUUGCUCUGGGGGGGCUCUGUGAGCUUUGCUGGGAGCUUAUUCUAUUCAUUUAGGGAUUAAUCCCACCCAAAAAAAACACCACAAGGAAUCCAAGAGGGGAAGGCAAGAGGGAUAUUUGGGAUUAAAAUCCCCCCUGGAAAUCCAAGAGGGGAAGGCCAGAGGGAUAUUGGGAUUAAUCCCCCCAAAAAAAACACCUCAAAGAGUCCAAGAUGGGAAGGCAAGAGAGGAAUAUUGGGAUUAAAAUCCCCCCUGGAAAUCCAAGAGGGGAAGACAAGAGGGGGAUAUUGGGAUUAAUUCCCCCCUGGAAAUCCAAGAUGGGAAGACAAGAGGGGGAUAUUGGGAUUAAUCCCCCCCAAGGAAUCCAAGAUGGGAAGGCAAGAGAGGGAUAUUUGGGAUUAAUUCCCCCCAAAGAAUCCAAGAUGGGAAGGCAAGAGAGGGAUAUUUGGGAUUAAUUCCCCCCAAAGAAUCCAAGAUGGGAAGGCAAGAGAGGGAUAUUGGGAUUAAUUCCCCCCAGGGAAUCCAAGAUGGGAAGACAAGAGGGGGAUUUUGGGAUUAAUUCCCCCCAAGGAAUCCAGGAUGGGAAGGCAAGAGGGGGAUUUUGGGAUUAAUUCCCCCCAGGGAAUCCAAGAUGGGAAGGCAAGAGAGGGAUAUUGGGAUUAAUUCCCCCCAAGGAAUCCAGGAUGGGAAGGCAAGAGAGGGAUUUUGGGAUUAAUUCCCCCAAGGAAUCCAGGAUGGGAAGACCAGAGGGGUCCCCUUUGGGGUGAUGGAGGAGGGAGGCUUUGACUGCAGAGGGAGGAUUUUGGGGUGCCCUCAAUCCCCCCAGCUCAACCCCCACAUCCUGAAUCCUGGAAGUCCUUGGCACAGCCUGGUGGAGCUGGGGAGAGGCCACCCCUGGAAGUAAUUCCUGGUCAGAUCCCACUUUUCUGCCACUCCUUUUCCUUCCCCUCCUCCUGCAUCCCCCGUUCCCAGCCCGAGGCACAACAAAGGGCCGUGGAACUGCCGUGUAAAUAUUCCCAAAUAUUCCCAAAGAACAACCUCUGGGUGUGUUGGGGGGUUGGAUUUCCCUUCCCACCCCCUCCCAGCCCUGCCUUUGCCCCCCCUGGGCCCCCCCAGAGCAGGGGGAGCAGCUCCUUUGGCUCUUCCCAGGAGGGUUUUCCUGUGUCCUGCCUGGGAGGGAGGUCGGGAAGGGGGAGCUGGAGGCAGAGCAGCAAUUCCAGAGGCUCUUCCCGAGGUCUCUGCUGCCAUCUCAGAGGUAAAAACACCCGGAAAAAGCACUUCAGCCUCCCGAAAAUGGGAUUUCUGAGGGGGUGCCCCGAGGCUCCUGAUCAUCCCUCCCGGGGCCAGAGCUUGGAACUGGGAUAAUUGACCCCCUGGAACUGGGAUCAUUUAUUCCUUGGAACUGGGAUAACUGACCCCCUGGAACUGGGAUAAUUGACCCCCUGGAACUGGGAUAAUUGAUUCCCAGUGCUUGGAACUGGGAUAACCGACCCCCUGGAACUGGGAUCAUUUAUUCCCAGUGCUUGGAACUGGGAUAAUUUAUUCCCAGUGCUUGGAACUGGGAUAAUUUAUUCCCUGGAACUGGGAUAAUUGACCCCCUGGAACUGGGAUAAUUGAUUCCCAGUGCUUGGAACUGGGAUAACUGACCCCCUGGAACUGGGAUCAUUUAUUCCCUGGAACUGGGAUCAUUUAUUCCUUGGAACUGGGAUCAUUUAUCCCCUGGAACUGGGAUCAUUUAUUCCCUGGAACUGGGAUCAUUUAUUCCCAGUUUCCCUGGGAUGAGCUCCCCGGGCUGCUCCCCCUGCUCCCCCCCUCUGUAAAUAACCUUUUUUACACAGGGGCAAAGGAGGGAAAGGGCCUCCCCCUUUUUGUAUUUUCAGCUUUGGGGAAGGGAUGUUUUUCUAUGGUUUAUUUUGGUUUUGCUCUGCCUGGGAGCAGCAGUUUUGUACCGAAUUUCCCCCCCUUUUCCUCCCCAAAAUCGUGUCCUUUGCAGGCUGGUUUGUAACACCCCCUCCCCUCCUCCUGGUGUGUUUUAUACCGACUUCAUUUACUACCUUUUUCUAUCUUUUACUUCGAUUAAAAGCUCUGAGGGAAAAAAAGAAAAAAAAAAGAAACAAAAA